AUGCUCUUUUGGCUUUUAGACAACCUCAAGCUCAAGCCAGAAGACACUCUCUGGGUUGGGGUCCAACAAGAGCUGGAGGGCGAAUACGCGAUAGCCGCCCGGUUGAGAAAGGAAUAUCCGUCGCUUGACAUAAGGGUUGUCUCGAUUGACUUCCAGACGCGAGGGGCCGCGGAAACUCUUUUCAUCAUGCUGCAGCACAUGUCAUCCGCAGAGAUUCGACGAAAAAGCAUCUCCCUGGAUUGCGACACCAUAUACUUCUCCGAUGUGCUCGGAAGCUUCCGAGCAUGCGCGAGUGGUUGUGGAUCUAGCUUCUACUUUGAAGACGAAGGAGACAAGCCAAUCUUCUCCUAUAUCGAAUUCGAACCGAGCACGGACAAGAUUGUUUACAUCCGAGAGAAGGAGGCGAUUUCUCGACAUGCUAACACCGGCGCCUACGCCUUCCCGUGUGGGGAUCGCCUGAGAAUGGCUUGCCGUGAAGUCCUCGACAACCCGGUCGGGAAGGCCGGGGAGUUCUACACGUCGAGCAUUAUUGAAAGGAUGAUCCAAGCGGGCCAGAAGUUCGUGGGGAUUCACGUGCCAGACUUCUUUUGCGUAGGCACGCCGGCGCAACUGCGCUCGUUCCUUGGCUUGGUCCAAAAAGGGGGAGUGGUACCGCGGCGCAAAACUCGUGUCUUCUUCGACCUCGAUCGCUCACUACGUAUGGCCCGUUCGGCAACUGGCGCUGAUCCAACCGCGUCGGUUCGGUCAGGGGAUCUCGACAAACAUUUGCUAAUGAAAACGCGUAACACGGGCACUUCCCUCGAAGACCCCGUGUCCGGACAGCCUGCUGCUGGAGACAUCACUAUCGGUGGAAGGACUGGGAACGCGCACCAGGACAUGCAGGAGGAGAUCGGACGGUGCCUGAAAGAAUCGGAGAUUGAAGAAGCCGUCUCUUCUUGUUGCGCGCAAGACUUUGUACGGCCGAGAUCGUUCAACAGGAUCACCUGCUCGGAGGACAACCUCGUGACCAAGUCGGCGCCUUUGGAAUAUCUUCGCGGGGAGCUGCACUUCUACCGAUCGAUUCCGCCCGAGCUGGUGCACCUCUUCCCGACUCUCGUGAAAGUGAACGAUGACCCCGCUCUGGCAAUGCCUUCCAUGACGAUAACUAAGAUCGACGGGGUGAGCUUUUCGCACCUCGUCACCAACCACUGCGUCACCCGAGGCAGAUGUUCAAAGCUUCUCCGCAGUCUCCGGGAAAUUCACGAAGCGAAGAAGAUUCCGAGAGGGCCUCAUGGCGAGGUGGGAACGUCAGGCCCCGGUGAAGAGAACAACGGACCCUCUAGCAAGGAUGGAAUAUACUACGAUGGCGUCGUUAUCGCACCUUGCUCCGAGCCCCUUCAUCGAGAAAUCUUCACUGAGCGAUUGCCGUCGCAGCAGAACCAGCGGCAGGGUCUCCCAGCGUCGACAAUAUGUGCAAAUCUGCACAAAAAGGUGUUGCGGAGGCUUGGGCAAAAUGAGGCAGUCUAUACAGGGUUCGAAGGGAUUGACGUCCCGGGAAUGUCUCGGAUCAUCCUAUCGUACCUCCGCAGCUAUCAGGAAGGAGCGAGGUUCCGCCGAGCAGACUUCGUUCACGGAGACCCUGUAUUCAGCAACUGCCUGCAGAACAAGGAAGGUGACGUUGCGUUCGUAGACAUGCGAGGAGCGCUCGGGGACUUACUGUGCACGGAGGGAGACACGAACUAUGACCUUGCCAAGGUGUACCAAAGUCUUUGCGGGUAUGACUUCAUCAUCAUGGACAAAGACGUGGACCCCAACGCAGUCGAGAUGUUGCGUGAUUUAGAGCAGAAUGUGUUCUGGCCUUUCGUGCGGGAGAAUUACGCCGGAACUAAGCCCGAAGACAUUGCCAUGCUGGCGGCGUCGCACUUCUUGUCUAUGGUGCCACUGCAUGAAAACCGCGGACACCAAGCACGUUUUAUGAGGGCUUGCAACGAUAUAGUGACAAAAUGGAGUAGCUAG